AUGAAGCUGCAUAAUGACCAAGCCUUCCACAUGAAUAACAGUAAUGGGAUAAUGUGUCAGUUUUCACUUCCAGAACUGUACCUAUCUGGGACACAGCUCUACACAGGAUGGGAGGAGAAGUCCACUCCAAAGUCAAAACUGGUUCAUCUCCUCUACUUGUGCUUUUCAUCGAUUCGUCUGCGACCCUCUGUCGUCGCGCAGCGAGAUGACGAACAUGAAACCACCAGCUCCGUCUCGCUCGAAGCACUCCCAGUCUCAGUCACUGGCGACAACGUUGACGCUUACCGGCCGACCGAUGAUAUUGCUGUCGACUGCGGUUCCUCCACCAGCUCCACUGUGGAGAACCGGAAUUGGAUUGGAGACACCGCCGACCGUUCGAACUACUCUCCAACUGGGGAAACUCACUCCUCUAUCACUACACAGGCAAACAGUUCAUCUCCCAGAGUCCCUGGCACCGCCCCAUACCUCACGGCUCGCCUCUCCCGGUCCGAGUUCGUCUACACCUUCCACGUCACCGCAGGGCCCAAAUUCGUUCGCCUACACUUCGUCCCUUCGAAUUACCCCAACUUCCGCCGUGUUGAUUCCUUCUUCUCAGUCGAGGCCGCUGGCUACACCCUGCUCCGCAACUUCGGCGCUUCCCUCUUUGCUGAUUACACCCGCUCCGCGAGCUUCUUCUCUAAAGAGUUCUGCUUAAGUGUCGGAGAGGACCAGAUAUUGAACAUAACGUUCACUCCCACUCCUAGUAAUUCAGACGCGUAUGCUUUCGUGAAUGGAAUCGAAGUCGUUUCCAUGCCCGAAAGUCUCUACUACAACACCGUCGCCGACUCAACCGAGGGAAUCAAGUUGGCAGGUCAGCUGGCGCCAUACACCUUGGAUAUCACUAAAGCUCUCGAAGCGGUGAAGCGCUUGAACGUGGGAGGACAGUUUGUCGGUCCAGCUCGUGACACGGGAAUGUACAGGACCUGGGAAGCAGAUGACGAGUACGUGACUUCCCCGGACAAAGGAGUUUUGCCAGUUAACACAACUAUCCAACUCAAUUACGGUGAGCAAGUGCCAAAUUACACGGCUCCAGAUCCCGUAUACAUUACUGCAAGGACCAUGGGAACGGACAAAAGAAUCAAUCUGAGCUACAACCUCACGUGGUCCGUCAAGGUGGACACGAACUUCUACUACUUGGUCCGGUUACACUUUUGCGAAUUCCAGAUAGAGAUAAAGGAGCCCUUAGACAGGGUUUUCAAGAUUUUUAUAGAUUCACAAUUGGUCGAGGACCAUGCGGAUGUCAUUAGUUGGAGCGGGAAGGGCGUGCCCGUCUAUAGAGAUUUUGCAGUAGCCUUGUAUGACAGCCAAAAGAAAAGAACCAACCUUUCCGUCGCGUUGGGCGCGCUUCCAGAUGGUUCUACUCUUUACUCUGAUGCCAUCUUGAAUGGCCUCGAGAUUUUCAAGAUCAGCAAUCCAGACAGGAAUCUCGCAGGGCUGAACCCCGAUCCAACUCCACCGGCAAGCAAAGCAGCAAAAAUUGCCAUCGUUGCUGGUGGAACUUUGGGCUGCACUGUGUUCUUUUUCCUGGCUUUCUUUCUUCACCGGCGAAAAAACAGAGCGAAGGAUUCGACCUCGAGCGACGGCACCUCAUGGUGGGGCCCGGUCUCCAGCUCGACGACCAAGUCAAUGAAGACCCAGUGGUCGUCCCUGCCGUUGGAUCUGUGCCGCUACUUCUCGCUGGCGGAGAUCAGAGCGGCCACGAACAACUUCGACAAGGUUUUUAUUAUCGGCGUGGGUGGGUUCGGCAACGUGUACAAGGGCUACGUCGAUGGCGGGGCCACUCUGGUGGCGAUCAAGAGGCUGAACCAGGGAUCGCAGCAGGGCCUCCAUGAGUUCAGAACCGAGAUCGAGAUGCUCUCGCGGCUCCGGCACCUCCACCUAGUCUCCCUGAUUGGGUUCUGCAAGGACGCAAGAGAGAUGAUACUUGUGUACGACUACAUGGCACGCGGGACCCUCAGGGACCAUCUCUACAACACCGAUAAUCCCCCACUCCCCUGGAAGCAGCGGCUCGAGAUCUGCAUAGGCGCCGCGUGGGGACUCCACUACCUCCACAGCGGUGCCAAGCACACCAUCAUACAUCGCGACGUGAAGACGACCAACAUCCUGCUCAACGAGAAGUGGGUUGCCAAGGUGUCCGACUUUGGGCUCUCGAAGGUCGGACCCACGAGUGAGUCUAAGACGCACGUUAGCACGGCCGUGAAGGGCACCUUCGGGUACCUGGACCCGGAGUACUUCAGGCACCAGCGGCUGACUGACAAGUCUGACGUCUAUUCCUUUGGCGUGGUGCUGUUCGAGGUGCUGUGUGCAAGGCCUGCUGUGAGCCGGAUGGCCCCAAUGGAGCAGAUCAGCCUGGCUGAGUGGGCGCAGAGUUGCUGCAAGAGCGGGGCCGUCGAGGAGAUCGUGGACCCGCACCUGAAGGGGUCUAUCACCCCCGAGUGCCUCAACAAGUUCUGCGAGAUCGCCAUGAGCUGCUUGCAGGACAAGGGGGCCAAGCGGCCAUCCAUGAACGACGUUGUGUGGGGCCUCAAUUUCGCACUGCAGCUACAGGUGAGCACAGAGCUGGAAGUGACGGAUCAUGUGGGUGUGUCAGUGCAUGAUAGCAAUGACAGCGACCAUGACGCAGCUUCGAUCAGAGGCAGCGGCAGCGAUGAGGCGAUCAACACUAGUGACAGCGAUAGUGGUGGUUGGAAGAGCAGUAGGGAAACUGCGACGUCGACCAGAGCCACAAGCAAUGAUGUUUGUGAUGAGAGUAUGACUAGUUACGACGCAGAGAAGUUGCCAUGAGAAUAUAUUAGGUGCUCAAGGUAACGCUCCGGACGUCAGCCGAUACGUGAUUCUUAUAUUAUUACUCUCUUUUAGUAUGCGAAAGCUUAAUCAAACAUUUACUAAUAUUCCUUUAACAAUUAAAGACUUUACAAGUAUAAUCAACAUACUUAUGCCUCUUUUAUUUAUACCA